GGCCAUACUGUGGUAAUGUGAUGCCCGUCCCCAAAGAAAUCAUUCUGGAUAGCAAUGAAGCAACUAUUCACUUCAGGAGUGGAUCCCACGUGUCAGGACGAGGCUUUCUGUUGUCCUAUGCCAGUAGUGAUCAUCCAGAUCUAAUAACAUGUUUGGAACGAGCGAACCACUACACAAAGACUGAAUACAGCAGAUAUUGUCCUGCUGGCUGCAGAGACAUAGCAGGUGACAUUUCUGGGAAUAUCGGAGAAGGAUACAGAGAUACCUCGCUGCUGUGCAAGUCGGCAAUACAUGCAGGCAUUAUCGCGGACGAGCUGGGCGGCCAGAUCAGCGUCACCCAGCAGAAGGGCAUCAGCCGCUACGAAGGCGUCGUUGCCAACGGCAUCCCCUCACACGAUGGUUCGCUGUCAGAUAAGAGGUUUAUGUUUACCUCAAAUGGCUGCAAUAAGUCUCUCAGCCUGGAAGAGGGAUUCCUCUCCAAGAGCCAGAUUACUGCAUCUUCCUACUGGGAGGAGACCAAUGAAUUUGGGCAACUAUUCCAGUGGUCUCCCGACAAGGCUUGGCUUCAAGUCUCAGGAUUGGCUUGGGCCUCUAACCACAGCAGCAAUCGUGAAUGGUUGGAGAUAGACUUGGGAGAGAAGAAGAGAAUAACAGGGAUUAAGACCACUGGUUCUGGAUCCACUAUGCUGAAUUUCAACUUCUACGUAAAGACAUUUACAAUGAACUACAAAAAUAACAACUCAAAAUGGAGAACUUACAAAGGGAUUCUGAGCAAUGAAGAAAAGGUAUUCCAAGGCAACUCCAACUCUGGUGACAUAGUACGCAAUAACUUCAUCCCUCCCAUAGUGGCCCGUUAUGUGCGAAUUAUCCCUCAAACUUGGAACCAAAGAAUAGCAUUGAAGCUCGAGCUGAUGGGUUGUCGAAUAAUGCAAGCCAAUAGUUCAUUUACACAUUCAAUGUGGCAGAAACCAAGUCAGAGCACAGAAACCUCCCUUGGAAAAGAAGACAGGACUGUUACGGAGCCCAUCCCAUCAGAAGAAACUAACUUGGGCUUAAAGCUUACAGCUAUAAUUGUCCCUGUCCUCAUCGUGCUGUGUCUGUUCCUGUUCUCUGGAAUUUGUAUCUGUGCAGCCCUACGCAAGCGAGAAGCCAAAGGACUCUCCUACGGAUUAUCCAGUGCUCAGAAAUCAGGUUGUUGGAAACAAAUCAAGCAGCCCUUCACCAGACAUCAGUCAACUGAAUUUACCAUCAGCUAUAAUAAUGAGAAGGAGACACCACAAAAACUAGACCUGGUCACCAGUGACAUGGCAGAUUAUCAGCAGCCUCUAAUGAUUGGGACUGGGAUGGUAACACGGAAAGGAUCUACUUUUCGACCCAUGGACACCAAAGAUGAGGGAAGAAGGAGGAGUUCAGAGUUUGAAAAUCACUAUCACUGUCCACACAGAGCUAACCGACACGAAUACGCUCUGCCCCUGGCCAGCCAAGAGCCCGAAUACGCCACCCCCAUCAUAGAGCGGCACAUAGCAAGAGAAAAUAAUUUUCCCUCUGAAAAUGGCUACAACGUACCUGUUGUCUCAUCCCAGAAACACUCCCUUUCCGCCAGCAGCUUCUCUAGUCCGUGUAAGACCGAUACCAGGAAUGGAGACUAUCAGACACCCCAGAGUGUCGUAAAAUACGACAAACCCAAAGUUAACGGUGUUCUGACCUCCGUGAGCUACAGCACGGACUACCAGAAACCUCAGCCCAAUGCCCUCGGGAGCGAGGGUUACUCAACGCCCAGAGACUGCCUAAAACCAAUCAGCCAGACAGCAAUGACAGCUCUCUUGUGA